AUGGCACAUAAAUUUCAGAUAGUUUUCAGUUUUAUGCUUGGAAGUCUUCUAGUGCAUGUGCAGGGUAGCGGUGUUUUACCUGCACUUCCAGGAGGAAUUGCUUACACUAGAGCCAUACCUUACAACGUACCACCGUUUGCAGCAGCCGUGAGUUUCCUGCGCACUGGACCCAAAGCAGUGAUAGCACCGGCUGCUGCCCUUCUGCCUCCUCAUCUACACGCACGUCAUGGGCCUGUGAUUGCACCGCACGUCCAUGCCGCUCCAGCGCCGUUCUAUCCAGCUGUAUCACCACCUCUUGCAGUGGCUCCCCACAUAGCUCCAGUUGCAUUUGGUGGUGUGCCUGCGAUUCUACCGCAUGCUGCUUCUCCAGUGCCACAUGUAGGUGUGCUACCAGCACCACAUGCUCAUAUUCUGCCACAUGCACAUGUGGCACCUGCUCUACCAGCUCCAGUACCUGCUCCGCAUGUUUAUCCGUAUGUAGCUCAUCCAGCUCAUGCGUUUGUACCAGCUCCUCAUCAUGUGCAUGCUUAUGCAGCGCCUGCGGUACAGCCAGCUCCUCAUGUGCAAGCGCUUCCGCAUGUUCAUGGACCAGCUGCGUUCGCGCCCUUGGUAGCGCGCGGUCAUUUGCAUCAUCAUGAUUCUUUACAUCAUCAUCGACGAUGA